AUGUGUGUAUGUCUGUGUAUGUCAAACUGUGAUUUUCGUCGUUGGAGGAUGAUAGUAUUGUUCGACGAAGAAGUGCAUUUGCUAAGCCCUCGAGCUCUUCAAAAAAGUCAGCAAGGCCUUUACGAAUUUACCAAUUUACAAAUUGUUUCUUGUAAAUUUCUUUUCAAAAAUUCUAUUCAAUCACCUGUUUUGUCAUCUUUCAGCAAACUUCAAGUUUUGCUCAGAAUUGAAGAAGAAAAUGGUAAAGAUGGAAAGGAACUUAAUUUUCUCAUAAUGCAAGAAGGUGAUCCGCGUUUCGUUUAUAAGUUAAUUUUGCGGAAAACUGAUUUCAAUCGUAUUAAGAAAGAUCAAGAAUUAGACACAGAUUUUGAUGCAUUUCCUGGUGAAAUAAUUGAUUUCAUGCAAUCAUCUGAUUCAAAUAUUUGCGUCAAGGGAUUUUUUAAUUCCGAUAAGUCUAAGUUCCGUCAACAGCUUACACUGUGGUUGGAGACUACAAGUCUUGUCUUAAUGACAUUACACCUCACUUUUUGUGAAAUUGUGUUGAUCUGA